AUGUCCCCGGUCGAGUCGGAAACUCACAACAUGCUGCUUCUUCAGAUAGCCGCCGAAUCCGAAGUCACCACUAUCGCUAGACUAGGAACGGUCGUUAUACAAUUUGCUCGACACGAGCUUUUGUUCAACGCGGCAGACCAGGAACACGUCGAGUUACUAUUCGACGAGUCGGAUCCCGGGUCGGAUCCCGGGUGCGAUGUCUUGGAUUCGCAACCGACCCGACGACGCAGCGGGUGUCAACUCGACGGGCUCCGCGAUAAGCUUCUACGUCACCCGGCUACGUGGCCGAACACGCGCUUCGAGGUGUUGCUGACUACGAGCGAAGACGAGAUUUCGGCGUCAAUGUCGACGGAGAGACUAAUGCCGCAGGUUUCGAUGGAGAGUCGGAAGACAACUGAUGUGGUACAGUUGGAUCAUUCGUAUGGAUGAGAAUCAUGUCUGCAGAGGUAGCGGUAUGACCAUUUGAAGACCGUGUAUACAAAUCAGUUUGAUAGAGG